AUGGGAGUGAAACUCGAUAUCAGUAAGGCUUAUGACCGUGUGGAAUGGGAUUUUCUAGAGAGGGUCAUGCAAAAAAUGGGGUUUAAUGCAGAUUGGGUUCAUUUAGUCAUGAGUUGUGUAACAACAGUAAACUUCACUGUGGUGAUCAAUGGCCAAUCAGGAGAUGCCUUCUCCCCAUCCCAUGGUAUUCGACAAGGGAAAUACUUGGGUUCCCACUUCUUGGGCCAGAGCAAAGAAAGAAGCACUUUUGUACAUGAAAUAUCGAAUUCUUCGGAAGGUACAAGGCUGGAAUCAACAUUGCCUUUCAGAAGCUGGCCUUGA